AAAUAGUUUACAUGUGUUUUUAUCAAUGACGUACUGUUUACCUCCAAAUUUGUUGGCUCUUUUCACGCCCAGGGAACCAAUCCCUUUCCUUGCUCCAAUUGCCAAACUGCCUCAUGAGAAAAAGAGAGAGCAUCAAGGAGGAAUAGCUCAACUUGUGAAUUUGUUCGAGGCACCUGAGGAUACUCCUGCUAAAACUAAAGUCGAGACGAAAGAAGAACGCAAAGCCCGACUGGCAGGCGAAAAAGCAAAGCUGAACAGUAUCCGAAUACAGGAAUAUUUAGAAGCUGCUCUUUAUGAUCCGACUGAGAUUACAGAUGCUACUUCAGACUCUUUCAAAACACUCUUUGUUGCAAGACUUAAUUUUGACACAAGCGAAUCAAAGCUAAGAAGAGAAUUUGAGCAUUACGGACCCAUUAGAAAGAUAAAAAUAGUUCACGAUUUGGACGGAAAGCCAAGAGGAUACGCAUUCAUAGAAUAUGAGCAUGAACGAGACAUGCGCUCGGCCUACAAACACGCAGAUGGUAAGAAAAUAGACGGUAGGCGCGUAUUGGUUGAUGUAGAACGUGCAAGGACAGUGGAGGGAUGGCUGCCCCGCAGACUGGGAGGUGGACUGGGAAACACUAGACGCACCCUCUUACCCAAGUGGAAGCGAGAUCUCGGAUACGACGAGAAAUCAGAACGGUCAGUGAGUCGGGCCAACAACCGAUCGAGUGCGGGUGAGAGUAGACGGAGGAGGAGCAGGAGUAAAGAAAGGGGCGAUAGAGACAAAGACAGACACAGCCGCAAGGAGAGGAAGGAAGAGAGGGAGAGGGAGAAAGAGGGAGGUGCUACUGUUGCUGCUGCUGGCUCUGGAGGAGGCGAAGAUAGUAGAAGCAGAACAGGCAAAGAGAAGAGUCGAAGCAGAGAGCGAAAGAGGAAGAGAUCCAAGUCUCGUGACAGAGAGAAGGAGGAGAAGGAGAGCAAGAGGAAGCGAAGUCGCAGCAGAGAGAAGAAGCGCAAGAGGUCUCGAGACAGAGACAGGGACAGAGGAGAUAAAGACAAAGAGAGAGACAGAGGCACGGCCACGUCCAAGAGCAACGGAAACGACGACGGAGUCGCCGAGGAAAUUGGUCAAGCAGCAGUGGCCAAGCAGGAACCCAACGGCGGAGAGGCUCCUCCUUAUGUCUACUGAAUUAUCUGCAAGUUUUGAUAGGAAGCAUGCGCAAUCUCAAACCCAAAAGUAACUCUAACUUUUUAAACCUUAUAUGCUUUUUGUCCCGCAUUUUUGUUCAGAUUAAUUGACCCUCAUCUCUAUGAAAAUCUCUUUGGAUAAUCAAUACGAAACUCUGAUUGUCGAAAAGUCUGGAAAAUAUGAUAUUAAAAUUGAUAUAUGCGUCAUUCUUCGUGGAGAGUUAGCGGUUGGUUAUUUCGAUUAUCAGAAUCGUGAUCAAUUAUCUGUUUUUAAUUAGUUUUAUUUUUUUCUUGAAAAGUCUGUAUCUUUUAUGUCAUUGUGAGUUUAUUUGAUUCAAUCGUC